AGUGGUGUAUCUAAACAUAUAAAAAGGAGAAGAUGAUCUGCUUGGGCUUUACAGACACUGAACACCAGAGAACUUCUGCUGCUCUGCGCCAAAUCUCACAUUUUUUGCAUUUUAUCGCUGGAUCUGUGGAGGAGUCAGCAUGUCAACCAUGUCGAAGAUUGUCCCGAAGAGCAAAAGCAAAGCAGAUUUUUGUGGGGUUGAUUCCCAUUACUAUAUUGUCAGGCCAGAUCUCGGUUGUUACAUGAGCUCAACAGAUUUCAGCAAUGGAAAAAAUCUGGAAGUCUUCAGCUUGCACCCGUCCUGCAGAAAUGGAGAUCAUUACUUGGCCUUUGAAGAUGGCCACUUCUACAUCAUCCAAUCAAACACUUACCGCCAAGUUUCAAACUUGAGCACAGAUGGAGAUGCAUCUGUUCAUACCCUACACCCCAACUGUCAAGGAGGCGACCAUUAUUUUUCAGCUUUUGGCAACUUCUAUAUGAUUUUUCAAAACCGCGGGGUCUAUCGCCGAACAUCAAACCUGAGCACAGAUGAAAAGGGUACAGAUAUUGAGCUGCAUGAAGAAUGCAAAAAUGGCCUUUACUAUUUUGGCGUUAAAGAUCACUACUAUUUUGUGAGGCCUGAUGACCAAUGGGGGAUUCAGUACACCAGAAGCACUGACUUUAGCAACAACAGGAAUACUGUAACCUUUUCAUUCGAUCCCAGCGUCUACAGCUUUCUGCCUGGAGGUCUGGCUAUUGCCAAGGGUCCAUCUUUUGGAAAGUGGGUGCCCAUUCAGACCAACAGAAAUGACACCAGGAUGCCUUAUGAAUGGAAGAAGGAGUUCGCUAGGAAGGUUGGGUAUGAGAAAAAGAAGAUGUCCAAUAUAGAGAGCAACUGGAAAGUGUCAGAAAUCGUCACGGCUGAGACAGGAGGUCUGAGUGAAUGGAUCACCAAGGCCCAGUUUGCCCUUCCUCCUGAAUAUGGUGGAUCUAAUAGAAACACAGACGAGGAAAAUUGGAAUGAGGUCACUGAAGAAAAAGAAAUAAUAUCUCUCACCUUAAACCCUUUUGAAAAAAUUAGUUUCUUAGUCUACCAGAUGGGCUUUGGGAAAGAUCCUGUGCUACAUUGCCAGGACAUGAGAAUUUCCAACCUACACUAUAAUAGCCUCCUGCCACCCAAUGAUAGCCCCCUGCCACCCAAUGAUAGCCCCCUGCCACCCAAUGAUAACCCCCUGCCACCUGCAGUAAUUUAGUUUCCAUAUUUUGGUGAUGUGGAUUCCAUUCAUUGCUGCCUACUAUAAGCACAGCUUGGUAAUCAUUUUAAAUAAAUCUCAAAUAAUAAUUAAUAGAUAAUCAAUUGACUCAACAUAUAAUCAACUAUUGCUAUGUUUUUCUUUUAAAUAAAAUACUCUUAUUAUCCUUUUCUUCUUCUAAGAACUGCUGAUUUACUCCAUUCUCUCCCUCCUACCUAUAUGCACUCUCUCCAGCGAUAGCUGCACAUUUUUGCUUUGGAUCGGCUUCCUGAUAGUGACAACAGUGAAUCAUCUAUUAUUUUAUUGGAAGCUGCAGUUUAAAAAAUAAAUGAAAACAACUGAAAUUA